GCAAUUGAAUAUAAUUAUGAAGACUGAAGUCUGUAAGAAAGCUGUUCUUCAAUUGUCCUUCUAUUGGCGCUGUCCUGCUGCACCUUUCCUGUGUGUUUUCGCUGGACAAGCUUUGAAGAGCUGCCAAGUGCUUACGGCAGAUAGAGGACCAGAAGCAAGAAUGGCAGGGAGUGAGGGCCAGGGGUCUCGGUCCUAUAUGAGCGAUCAGAUGGACAGCGUCGUUCUUGAUCAGGCAGACGACGCAGGUGGCCGAAACCUGGGCAAAUCGGUCCUCCAUGCAGCAGACCCUCUCUCUUCCUCCUUGGCACAGUCGGCACUGACGGGCUUUGCGGGAGAGGAAGACCUCGUGGAACCGCCCUCGUACGCGGACGCCAUCUUUGCCCCCCCCUACAUGGGCUCCAGCAGCGACACCGAGAUCACUGCCGCCACGAACGGUCCGAGCCCGUCCGAAGCGCAGCCGUCCACGUCGCGUCCGAACCAGCUCGUCCUUAACAUCUCCGUAACGGACCCUCAGAAGAUCAUCGAGAGCGCGGGCUCCAGCCUCGUGCCGGGGAGCGGGACGUACGUCUCUUACAAGGUCACUACAAAAACGAACCUGCCGGGGUACAAGGCGUCAGAGUUCGCGGUCCGGCGGCGGUUCAAAGAUUUCGUGGUCCUGGCUGACAGGCUGGCAGAGAGUUACCGCGGGUACUUCAUUCCCCCGCGCCCCGACAAGGCCGUGGUGGAAGGACAGGUGAUGCAGCAAAAGGACUUUGUGGAGAUGCGCAAGAUGGCCCUUGACAAGUACCUCAAGAGGCUGGCGGCGCAUCCGGUCCUCCGCAACAGCACGGACCUGAAAGUCUUUCUGGAAACCGAGGGCAGGCUUCCACUACAACCCACGACCGACCUAGCCUCGCGCAUGCUGGACGGUGCAGUCAAGCUCCCGCGGCAACUCUUCGGCAGCGAGCAGACGACUCCCCCACCGCAGGAGGCCGCACAACCAGCGAAAGGAGGCCGGGACCUGGUGCGAAUCUUCAAGGAGCUCAAGCAGACCGUGCAGAACGACUGGGGGUCGUCGAAGCCGCCCAUUGCGGAGGAGGACAAAGCGUACCUGGACCGGAAAGAAAAGGAGCUCGACCUGGAAAAGCAGCUGCUGGACGCGUCAGCCAAGGCGGAGGCUCUGACUAAGGCGCAGCAAGAACUGGGGGAGGUUACUGGGGAGCUGGGCCUGGCCUUUGUCAAGAUCGCGAAGUUCGAGGAGGAGCCCGGCACGAGCCAACAGCAGAAGGUGCAUGCGGUGGAGUCUCGCAGAUUAGGACACGCGGCGAUCCGGACGAGCCGGCUGUGUCGAACAGCCACCGCACAGACCGUCAACCAACUGGGGCAGCUGCACGAGUAUCUGGGUCUGAUGGCCGCCAUUCACGCGGCCAUGGCGGACCGCAACAACGCCCUCGUCACCGUCCAGACGCUCACCAACGACCUGGCCACCAAGAAGAGCAAGAUCGAAAAGCUCGAGGCGCAAUCGUCGAAGAUAUUCGGCGGCGACACGUCCCGGACGCGAAAGAUAGCGGAUCUGAACCGCGAAGUCGCCGCGACGGACGAGGCGUUGUUGGCGGCGAAGCAGGAGUACGAAAAGAUCAAGGAACGGAACCGGGAAGAAAUCGAGCGGUUUGACCGGGAACGGCACGCAGACUUCCACCAAAUGCUGGCCGGCUUUGUACGAACCCAAGUAGCAUACAACGAGAAAGCCGCAAGCUUCUGGCAGGCUUUGGCUGACGACUCGACGCAAGGGAGAAGCGCCCGGUCGUCAAUUGCAGGCACUUGAAACAGCUUGUACAGAAUGGGGACUCUAGACCGUGGGUGGAUAUCUCGCUUUUCAUGCAUUCAAGCUGUGUAUAUGCUCUGAAACUUCCGACGUCAGAAACAGAAAGGGAUGCAGGUCGACCCUCUCCAGUGUUCAAAGUUUCGAUGCUGUUGCAAGCCUGGUAUGACGUUGGCAUCCGGGCCGCUCAAGUGCCCGCAAUCACCUCACUAUGUCGCAUUCGACAAAACUUAAGAAGGGCCAUCAGCUCAUUAUGACGACCGCUCCAACCCAAAGCCGGGUAACUCUCUAAGCACAACGACACUCGGUAAGCUCUCAACUCAGAGGUACGCCCUGCUGCAGUGCUUAGCUGGUCGAAGAAACUGAGUUUGCCAAGUCCGCAGUGGCCAAGCCCCCGCGCGGGGAGCGGGUGGG